UGUGUCCUGCGCGCUGUGCUGUGUGUAGAGAAAAGAGAGGCUGUCGCAUAGAGAGGAGAAAGCCACCAGAAACAGCCUUGAAAACUUCCCUAAAUACACCCCUUUACUGGGGUUUUACUCGUCUAUCCUCUUUAAACCCAAAGCUGUACAUACGUGGCCUUCAGUAGGUGCUAAACUAUCGAAAGCGGCUAAAAUAUGAACGCUCGAAGUCGAAAGUGAGUUCGUCGAAGAGGACCCAUCGAUUCUUGGCAUACGUUUACUGGUGGCUUUGUGUAUCGAUAAAGUAAACGCCGGUCCUUGCUAAAAUCUAUCUACUAUGAGUUCCGAAGAAGACGAAAAUGUCGAUAGCAUCGAAACCACGCCGAUCGACGAGUCGGAUUCCGUAGUUCGGUCGGUUGCGGAAGCCGAUGUAAGUCUGGAUGAAAUGAUGAGCUUGGCUUGCCGGCAAGGUAAACUAGAUAUAGUUGAGUUACUCCUUGAGAGUGGGGCCCAUGUGGACUAUCGAAAUAAGGCCGGUAAUACUCCCUUACUUGAGGCUUGUAGCCAAGGUCAUGUCGAUGUGGCUCGUUACCUACUUGACCACAGUGCCAACAUCGAUGCACCGACCGAGACAACUUCAGACAGUGCCCUCACGUGGGCCUGUACUUUAGGCAACGAAGCCAUCGUCAAGUUAUUACUACAACGCAAGGCAAACGUGGAGCAUCGAACUAAAGAUGGGUGCACUGCAUUAAUGUUUGCAGCCUUGGCAGGACAUGUCAAAGUUGCCACUAUGUUACUUGAUCAUGGUGCUGAAAUCAAUGUUGAAUCUGACAGCAACAAGGAUAGCCCAUUAACCUUUGCAUGCUGGAAAGGUCACUGUGAUGUGGUAGAGUUACUCCUGGCCAGGAGUGCUAACAUCGAGCAUCGUACCAAGGAGGGGUUUACCCCGCUGAUGUUUGCUGCCCUUGGUGGCCAUACGGAUGUGGCAGCAAAACUUCUUGAACAAGGCGCUAAGGUGAACAUACCAAGCGGCAGCAACAAUGACAUCCCUCUUACCAGCGCAUGCUGGAAGGGCCACCAUGAUGUGGUCAAACUGCUGCUGAAGUAUACAUCAAACAUCGAGCAUCGCACCAAGGAUGGGUGCACCCCCCUGAUGCUAGCUGCGAGGGAGGGGCACUACAGUGUUGCUAAGCUGAUACUUGACAGUAAGGCUGAGGUUAACAAGCCAUCUGGCAGUGAGAACAACAUCCCUUUGACGCUGGCCUGCUGGAAAGGCCACACCAAAGUGGUGGAGCUUCUGCUAGAGCACAAGUCUAACAUCGAACAUCGCAACAAGGCAGGGUGCACACCUCUCAUGCUUGCCGCACGGGAGGGACAUGUCGAGACCACUGAGUUACUACUGAACAAGGGAGCAGAAAUCAACAAACCAUCAGGCAGUAAUGAUGACACACCCCUUACAUUAGCAUGCUGGAAAGGUCAUGUUGGUGUUGUCGAGCUACUGCUAAAGCACCACUCGAAGGUUGACCACCAGACCAAGACCGGGUGCACUCCACUAAUGGAGGCCACAAGGGAGGGCCAUGUUGAUGUCGCUGAGCAACUGCUGAAUCAUGGUGCUGAUGUGGAAUUGCCGGAUAACUAUGGACAAAGCCCUCUGUUCAUGGCAUGCUGGAAAGGACAUCAAGCUGUAGCUGAACUCCUGUUGGAACACAGCGCAAGCAGGGAUUGUCGUACUAAGACAGGAAUAACUCCACUCUUCCAGGCUUGCCGGGAGAAUCAUGUGGAAGUUGUAAGGCUCUUACUUGAUUGCGGAGCCAGCGUCAAUGCUCCAUUCCCCAAUAGCAGGGAAAACCCUUUGACCUUGGCUGCUGAGAAAGGUCAUGCUGAGCUGGUCUCAUUGCUUCUAAGAAGGAAUGCUAAUGUUGAAUGCCACACCAAGAAAGGUUGUACCCCGUUCCAUCUGUCCUGCAAGGAGGGCCACCUGGCAAUCUCCAUAGCAUUACACAUCCGUGGUGCUGACACAGAGGCUGUUGAUUCCCGAAACAACAGUCCUCUAGUUGCAGCUAUGAAAAAUGGCCACACAGAAUCAACGGAGUGGCUGCUAAAUGUUGUCAACCAUCUGCCAUCAGAAGAGCAGUGUCAGAAGUGUCUGGUAGCACCGAUCGAGGAUAAAGACCGCCAUGAGGAAGUAAUGCUGGGAAGAACCAAGUGCUAUGAUCUGGUCACAAAGGCAAAGAAAGCAAAGGAACAGAAAGUUCAAAGGAACACAGAAAUAUUUCUCAAAGAGCUUGAAACGGAGAAAGAACGAGAGGACAACAGGAAAAAGAAGGCAGCAGCUAAGCGCAGGGACAAGCGGAAGCGCAGAAAGGCUGCUAAAGAAAAUGAAGGCAGUAACGUCAAAGAAGAUUUACCGCUUGAGAAUCGUCCACAGGAAGUAGCAGAAAAUGAGUCUGAAGGUGAUGGGAGUGAGGGAAGUGAUGAGUAUGCAACCCAGACACAGGCUCAGAUCUUAAGGGAGUGCCAGAAUGAACUAGUACAGGAAACCAAAAAUAUACAAAAGAAGAAGACAGAGUCGCCAUACAAGCAGGAUUUGAACCACUUGGACUCCAGCAAGCUGGAUGAACGUUCACUAGGACGGAAUAAGAUUGACAUUGAUGUUGAGGAGCUGUCAAAAAAUCUGGUUGGGUCAAAUGAUCGGCAGCAUCAACAACAUGUCGACCCUGUGGAUUAUGUGGAUCGAAAGAGUGAGAGCUCAAAGUCUAAGGUUACAAAGAAGCGCUCAGAAGAUGGUUUAGAGGUGAAAGAGAUAAAAAAGAAGUCUUCUUCCCCACAGAGUGCACAAAAAGGAAAGAAAAACGAGACAGAUGCAAAAUCAUUUAGUCCAGCCCACCUUACUGUAAAUGUAACUGAGACAAAGUCAGAUAAGACUGGUGCAAAAAAGGAAGGAAACACACUUAGCAGCUCUGUAACCUCUUCUAGCUCUACCCAAAAUAACGGCUUACUUUCACUGAGCUCUACUUGUGAUAACUCCACGCCACAUAAGCCCCCAGAAAGCCCGACUGAGUUGUCUACAAUGCCUCAACCUGUAUCCCCAAGGGAACGGGGGAAAGCGCACCAUUCACCAAAGUCAUCCCCUGAAGAUGGAGAGAAGACAGGAAGAAGGGGGAAGGAGGGUGACAGUCAGGAGGGAGGAAAGCACAGUAAGGGAAGGAUAGUCUCCAAGGGUAGUACAACCUCAGGACAGUCCAUCACUGUUAAGACAUCCCCUGCUGAAGCGGACAAGGAUCUCAAACCAGGUGAAGUCUCAGCUCACUCGCCAAGAUCAAAGCAGCAUACAAUGGUUAUUAAAACAGAGGAGCACUGGAAAGAAGUAACAAGGACUCCAACCAAUGCUAAGACAAUGGUUGUACAACUAACUGCACCCAACGCAUUAUGCGGUAGAGUGAUUGGCAGAGGUGGAAGCAAGAUUAACUCUAUCACGGAGGAGUCAGGGGCUCAGAUUACCAUUGGAAAACCUGAACCAAAAAACCCAACAGAUAGGGUUAUUACCAUCAAGGGCUCUAACAAAUCUGUACAGCGUGCCAAGUUUCUUGUCACAACAGCCCUCAACACGCCAAGCACCGUGGGUCAGCCAUCUCUGACGACGCCUACAACCACAGCAACUACUGCAACCUCGUUUAACACCUCUGACAGCUCAAACACCUUGAGUGCACCUGUUAGAGGGAAUUACGCUGCUAUUGCAUCUAACACUUCUUCAUCUGAGUGGCCGACCAUAAUGCAGGCAAAUACCAUGUCGACUGGCCAGGUGUCUAUAAAACCAACUGUCAAGACUGUGUUGAGUGAGCCAAGCAGACGAUCUCCUGAGGAUAUCAUGGCCGAGGCAAGGAGUGAGAAUCAAACCCACACCAGGUCACUCUCAUCCAGCAGCUCAGAAAAUAGCUUCAGCUUUAAGGUGACCAAGUCUACUUCUCCUAUCACUGUUACCAAGGCAACACCUGCCUGGUCGUCCUCUGCCUGGAAACCCAACCGUCCUCCUGUCACUCAAAGCAUCGGCAUGUCCACCAGUGCUGUCACCACGUGCACCAGUAGCUGUCGCACCACAAUAGAGACAUCAGCAACCAGUGGUGUAGCUGUGAUGUGCGAGGAGGGGAUGAGGUUUGGGGCAUCUGUGAGGGGAUAUCAAGACCAGGAGGAUGCGCUGCCGCAAGCUGCUGUUAUACAGGAUGGGGUGCCAUCACAUCCAUUGGCACCCUUCACCUCUGAAAGCAAUCCAAGGCCAGAGACAAAGGUUCCCAUCACCACUAUUGGUGCCAGUACCAGUGCCGAGGUGACCACCUCCCAGCGUGACCUGAUGCCAUCGCCCAGCCAAGCCCAUGUUACUGCUACAGCCCACUACGGCGCCAUAGGCUCUAACAAGCCAGUCCCUACACCACACGAAACCACCUCUGCUAGCUAUGUCAGCUCGUUUGGAGCCAUUGGGCAGACUGUUAAUAUGUCUACAAUGCUAAAAGAAUCGGCACCAGAGUUUACCCCUGGCAAGAUGAAAGAGUCUUUGCUUGGUGAUCCUCAAAUUAGCCAAGAGAGUUCUUGUGAACCUCUAGGGUCUCCGCCGGCCGCCCCCAGCACCAAGUUUCCAUGCUACAGUCCAUGGUCCACUAAGAGUGCAGGCAUUGGUAGAGAUAAUGCAUUCUCUGGGUCUGACAGCAAGUUUCAGGGACCACUUCCAGGGAUGGAGCUUUUCACUGGCGCAAACAGCCUCUUCAGCGGAUCUCUUCCAUCGUACCCCUGGUCCACGGGCGAGGACGAAGACAGGAUGGAUAGAGGCCGCAGUAUUAGCUGGACAGGACAGGCCGAGUACCAGGACUCUCGACUAGGCAGUGUCACUUCCACCAGUGCGUCCCCGCCCGGCAAGAAACAAGAGGGGUCUCUCUUACAGGGCGAGGCCGCAAAGGGUGACAGUAACAGUUUUAAGCCGCUAGCCACAAGCUCCAUCUGGGGACAAAUGGGGCCGCAAGGACACCCGGGAAGCUCUCUGUCGGUCACGUGUGACGAGGAGACGCCAGAGAAACAGGCCUGGAAUAACUCCGACAGUACAAGCAGCAGCCGAAGUAGCAGUCGACAAGAGCUCAGCUCCAUAAUGGACGCAGACAGCGCCACCAACAGCGGCGUGUGGAACUCGUGUGCAUUCGCAGAUGACAUCACACCAACCCCCCAGACUGGCAGUGGACCGUUGAGCAUGCCCCACCCCAGUCAGGCGAUGAACGUCAACACGCAGUGGAGUUCCAACCGGGGAGCAUACAGCGCGCCAUCAUCCCCAUCCCAACCGCGCUCACAGAGCCAACCCGAGCCUGGCUCGGAGUCUGUCGGGUUACAGCCAUCCAUGGAUGACAGCGCUGUUCAGUGGAAUUCAAAGGAGAAAAGUCCGCGUUCGCACAGCAGCAGUGACCAGACGUCUGGGUGGAACAGUGGGUCGCAGCAGGCACCGAGACGAUCCAGCAUAGACCUGAGCCAGUCGUACCAGAUGGAGGGAGGCGGGGUGCCAAGCGGGCCAUGGCAGUACCCAUCCCGCCAGCAGGAGGUGUGCUCCGCUGGGUUUGGGGUGCGGGAGCCGUGGAGGGAGCCGCCUAGUACGCUCGGGUCGGGUUUCGACGUACCAAUGAUCCUCAAGCGGCUUACGCUCGAGAAGUAUCUUCCCGUGUUCGAGGAGAAUAACAUCAACGGCGGUCGACUGGCGCAGAUGACCGAGGCGGAUCUCGAGAGACUGGGCAUACCCAAGGGCCCUCGAUUAAAGCUUCUACACGCCAUACGCAGCUCCCACAGCAGUCACGGUACAAGGCUGGCGACUUGGCCGACUACCAUGAAUAGUAACUACAACAACCCCGAUAACGGUCUCAUCCCGCCAAACUCCGCACCUCACACCUCCAAGAAACCGCCACCUAAACCUGAGCCCUCAGUCAUGGGCAAGCACAACCACGUGGCUAGCAACCAGAUGAACGCGGGGAUCCCCCCACAAAUCCCAGCCCAGGUGCACAAGAAGGUACUAACAAAACAACCAUUCGAUCACCAAGCCCUGCAACCGCCCCUUCAAGCCAACCACGUCAACCAACCACUUUUAUCCAUGAUGUCACCGGCCAGGGGGGGCGCGCCGCCACAGCAGCACCCCACCCUCCUCGGGACGCAAGAACAGCACCUUGGCGGCCUCCCCUCCAGGCCCCACUCUGCUUCCGGGAAUUUGACGAAUCACCAGGUCUUCCCAGCCAAUUCGAUUGCGCCCGGUGAUCAGCAGUUUCCGUUUCCAGGGCAACAAGGACAUUAUGUCAAUCAAGUAUCGUACAGCCAUUCUCAGGUGUACUACCCCCCUGGUGGAUAUUACUACUUUUACCAGCAGCAAUGAGGGGGAGGGCACGGGGAGUCUUGUCUCUCCAGUUCAUCGAAGGGUUGUACAUUUUUGGGCACUUUCCCACCCCUGCUUAAUUUAUUGAUUGUUGGAAUCAAAGUAAGUGGUUGUUCGACUUUCGCGCACUCUGUCACAGGCGAUUUAGUUUCACGACAAGGUCUUGUUGAAGACAGGGUAGCCGAGUGGUUUGCUUGAUACCAAAAAAUCAUAUGUAGCUGUAGUAACACCUUGCUAUUAAACGCAAAUAUAUUA